GUCCCUGUGCGAUGGAUGGAACACUGAGCAGUUUCCCAGGUAUUAAAGCAGGUCAGGAACGCGCAAACUCAUGGAUCAAAAGACAGCAACUGCAGUCACUUCAUCAUUACGGUUUUUUUUUUUUUCUUCCUGUAUCGGGAUUAGGCAAAACAGUAAAUGCAAUCCUUUAGUAGAUCCCGCCCACCACCUUUCUUUUUUCUUUUUUUUUUUUUUUGCGAUAUAGGAACGAAAAAGUACGUUUCGUCCAGCGAAGUGUCGUCCUCAACACCCACUCACUCACCACUGCCAGAAAUAGAUAUUGAUGUCGGUGCUAACUCGUCAGUCGGUGGCCGGGGACGCUGCGGCGAGGGUGGCGGAAAGGGUGUCGCGGCGGCACAGGUGACACUCCUCCACUAGUAAUGAUACAAGACUCCAUACCACCGCAUGUCGGACACCAAAACUGCCUACUAAAGUGGCACAUUUCAACUUCCGUUCAUCUUCUACACCGCGUGUCUGGGGCGGUGAGAAACUGAAGGCAGGGGAUGGCGUCUGUGGCCAAGGUGCUGGGCGUGACUUGGCUGGCCUGCACCACCCCUCUCGUUUCUGGUUCUCUAGCAAGUGUGUUGGGAACCAGGUUGGGAGUCAGUGACCAGGCGAGGACUGUGGCACUCUCUUUUGAUGCCCUGAAGGAGACCACGCUUACAGGCUCAACAGUACUCGUCCACAAUGCCCUCGGAAAGUCCGACCUAGCAUUUCUCGUUGGCGCUGUGAAGAAGAAAACGUCCCACCUGACUGUGUUCAGACACCAGGAGUGGCGCCGCGUGUUCUGGUCUCACGGCGCAGGGAAUAAGCGUGGCCUGGGAAAUCCAGACAACAUUGUUUUAUUAGGGAUUGUUGAUUUUAUGUACAUGAGGCAGUUAAUAUGCAAAGUACAUGUUUACGUAAUAUAUAUCUGGCUUGAGUCAUUUGAUAUACGGAUACCAAAGUCAAAGGCUUUUUGAUAUUACGUUCAGUGCAGAUGUUAUUUGUAGUGAUGGGUCAUUUUAUUAUUUAGUGUUCACUAGAAGCAGAUGCUCAUGUUUAGUUUAAACGGUGGGUAAUCAUGUAUAUAUUUAAUUAUAUCCCAGAAUUCACGAUGUCUUCUAUGAAAUUUGCUCUUUGAAGCAAAAUUCUUGUUCUCUGAGAAAUAAAAUCAGAUA